UUCUUCCUAACUUAUCAUUCUCAGAAUCUGAAUCAGGUUUAAUAUCUCUGGCAUAUGUCAUGAAAUGUGUUUUGCAGCAACAGUACAUUGCAAUAUAUAAAAACUAUAAAUCACAGCUGUUACAUUAAAAAAUUAAAUUAGUGCAAAAGGCAAACAAAGAAGUGGUGAGGUGGUGUACAUGGCAGAGGAGAGGAAGCUGUCCCUGAAACUUUGAGUGAGUGUCUUCAGGCUCCUGUACCACCUCCUUCAUUGUAGCAAUUGGGAAGAGGACAUGUCCUGGGUGAUGGGGGUCCUUAAUGAGCAAUACUGCCUUUUUGAGGCAUUGGCUUUUGAAAGUGUCCCCGAUGCUAGGAAGGCUAUUGCCCACGAUGGUUUAUAACUUUCUGCAGAUUUUUUCUGUUCCUGUGCAGUGGCCGCUCCAUACCAGACAGUGAUGCAGCCAGUUAGAAAACUCUCCACGGUGCAUCAGUAGAAAUUUCCUAGAGUCUUUUUGUGGCAGACCAAGUCUCCUCAAGCUCGUAAUGAAACGUAGUCACUGCCGUGCCUUCUUUGAAAUUACAUGAAUAUGUUGGGCCCAGAAUAGACAGUCAGAGAUGAUGACACCUAGGAACUUGGAACUGAUCACCCUUUCCACUUCUGAUCUCUCAAAAAGAGAUGUGUUUGUGUGUGUUUCCUCUAUUUCCUCUUCCUGAAGUCCACAAUGAAUUCUUUGGUCUUACUGACAUAGAGUGCAAGGUUGUUUUGACACCACUCAACCAGCUGAUGUAUCUCACUCCUGUAUGCCUCCUUGUCACUGUCUGAAAUACUGACAGCAAAUUUAUAGAUGGCAUUUGAGCUGUGCCUAGCCACACAGUUAUGGGUGUAUUAAGAGAGAUGAACAGUAGUUUAAGCACGAAUCCUUGAGGUGCACCAGUGUUAACUGUCAGCAAGGAGGAGAUGUUAUUUCAGAUCCAUGGUCUCCUGAUGAGGAUCCAGUUGCAGAGGGAGGUGAAGAGGCCCACAUUUUGGAGCUUGUUGAUUAGAACCAAGGGUGUGAUGGUGUUGAGCACUGAGCCUGACACAAGUAUUAGUAUUGUCCAGGUGAUCCAAGACUGAGUGGAGAGCCAGUGAGACUGCAUCCACGGUGAACCUAUUGUGGUGACAAGGCAAAUUGCAGCUGGCCCAGGUACUUGCUUAGGCAGGAGCUGAUUCUGGCCAUGACCAACCUCUCAAAUCACGUCAUCAAAAUAGAUGUGUGUGCAACUGGGCAAUGAUCGUUGAGGUAGCUCACCCUGCUCUUCUUGGGCUCUAAAGUGAUUGUCACCCUUUUGAAAUAAAUGGGAACCUCCAACUGCAGCAGUAAGAGAUUGAAGGUGUCUUUGAACACUCUCACCAGUUGGCUGGCACAGGUGUUCAGUGUCCUACCAGGUACACCAUCAGGGCCUCACAGCUUGUGAAGGUUCAGCUUCUAGAAAGAAGUUCUGCCAUCUGCCUCUGAGACAGCGAUCAUAGGGUCAGCAGAUGCUACAGGAAUUUGCAAAGGUGUAGUUUUAUUCUCCCUUUCAAAGCGUGCAUGAAAGGUAUUGAACUUAUCUGGGAGUGAAACAGAGCAGCCAUUCAUGAUGUUAGGUUUCACCUUGUAGGAAGUAAUGGUCUACAAACCCUGCCAGAGCUGACAUGCAUCUGAUUCCAUCUCUAACUGCGAUCGGAAUUGUUUUUUUUGCUUGGACUUCUUGUAUAGUUCUGGAUUACUGGUCUUGAAUGUCACUGAUCUAGCCCUCAGCAAACUACAAAUAUCCUGGAUCAUCCACAGCUUUUGGUUUGGGUAUGUCUGGUAUGUUCUUAAAGGUACACUCAGCCACAGGUCUUAAUAAACUCAGUGACUACUGUAGCCUAUUCAUUCAAAUUAGAUAGAUCCCUGAAUAUUGUCCAAUCCAAUGACACAAAGUGGUCCUCUGCCUCCUUUGAACAAACCCUCUUGGUCCUCAUAGUCUCUGUCUAUAUAGCGGGAGUAGAACAGCCAGGUGAUUGGACUCUCCAAAGUAUGGGUGUGGGAUGUCAUGGUAAGCCAUGACAUUCUCUCUUGCAUUUGUACCUUCAACCCUUUUGAUUGCAACACUUUCUAAUGUACAUGCUAUCCCAGACUUUGAUUUCUUCCUUAUAUCUUUAAUUUUCUUCCAGUGUAUCUACAUAAUGUACAUGAUUUUUAACAUUUUGCAUUCUGAUGCAAGGUCACUGAUCCAAGAAAAUAACUUUUUCCUCCGCAAAUGCUGUGUGACCUGCUGAAUAUUUACAGUAUUGUAUUCAUAUUUUAAAUUAGCAUUUGAUGCAAUAUUUAGCUUUCUAUAUUGUGUUUUUAUUCAGUGUAAUGGACAAGAUUGAGGGAGAUUUGAUCAAAGCUUAAGAUAUUAACAGGAACAGUUUCCUUUUAUCCUACCCUUCUCUCUAAUUCGACUCAUAACUGUGAUCUUAACAGCCUUGAUGGCAUAAAUAUAUUCCUUAAUAUAUAUGAAAACAGAAAGCCCAUCUAUAAUGAUAAAGCAGUUGAUGUUUUAUUUCUACUGUCCAAUCAAGUUGAGAUUCAUUGUCAUAGAUUCUGCUGCCAUGUCUCAGAGUACUUUGACAGGAGUGGAGAACUCAGCUGUGACAGUGUUGAAGAGGGCUGUUGAAUUGGAUAAUGAUUCCCGUUUGCAGGAUGCAUUGAUUUGCUAUCAGGAAGGCAUCCAUCUUCUUAUGGAAGUGUUGAAAGCUACAAAAGAUGAAGCAAAAAAAGGCCAUUAUCGAAAGAAGAUAACAGACUACAUGGAUCGAGCAGAAAAAAUUAAAGGACAGCUGAAUUACCUCAAAGAAAAAGGAAAAUAUCAUGAGCAGAUCAAAAUUCCAGAAGAUGCUACUGGAUUUAGUUACGAAAAGUUGUUCAAACCAUACCUGGAUUCUUUUGUUACUGAGGUCUGGGUAGAAGAUCCAUACAUCAGGCACGUUCAUCAGCUCUACAACUUCCUGAGAUUCUGCGAGAUGCUUAUAAAAGGACCUUGCAGUGUGAAAACUAUCCAUCUGCUGACUUCACUUGAUGAUGGUAAUAACUCGCAGCAGACCAAUGGUCUUGAGGAAAUAAAACAAUCAUUGGAGAGUUACAAGAUAAUGUUGGAGAUAAAAUAUUCCUCGUCAAUACAUGAUCGAGAAAUCAGAUUCAACAAUGGGUGGAUGAUCAAGAUCGGGAGAGGAUUAGAUUACUUUAAAAAAACAAAGGGCCGAUUUUCCAUUGGUUACUGUGAUUUUGACCUGAGACACUGUCAUGAAACUACAGUCGACAUUUUCCAUAUCAAGCAUACAAAGAAUUCAUAAUGAGAAGAAACGACUAUUCUGAUAAUUUUAUUACCAUUAUGUUUGAAAGUUAUGUUGAAAAGAUUUAAAUAUUUUGUAAUUAUUAAGUUACUAUCACUUGAAUACUUGGCACACUAAAGAAGUGAUUUCUUAUGACAAUAAACUGAAGAUACUGAAUAUAACAAUUUUUCAGUUUUUGUUUCGAACAUUUAAUAGUUUAGUUUACAUCUGAUAACAGUUUUGUCUUACAGCUCCAUGUUAAUGUUUGGCUACUAUACACACAUACUUCGUGCACAAGCAGUAAGGUAAAGAAUGAGCAAUUUUAAUAAGGUCGAUUACAACAAUGCUGGAAAUUGAUCACAUGCUGUUCCAAAAGCAUUACUUUCAUUUGAUAUACAUUCUCAGGUCAGCUUUACACAGCUUGUACAAUACAAAAAUAUUAAAUGCAUAUUCAUAUUUAAUCUGCAAACAUGCAGUAAUUUAACAAAAGUGGUAAUAAUGACCACAAAUCAUAGUUAAAGAAAAAUGGCAGGUCUUCAGAAGGCUCUCAAUUGGCCUGUAUUUUUCUUGUUCAACUAAGACUUUGUUAGAUAGUUUAAUUUUUCAAGUCUCCAUUUGUAAUAGCAACAAGUAAACACCAUUAUACUUAUUUUAAAAUUUUCAUUGAGGAAGAAGAGCAUGAAAGAAAAUAAUUUUACUGUGGAUUCUUUUGACUUUCAAGAGUCAAUUUGAUACUAGAGUCAUUACCGUUAGCUAUUAAAAACAUCUUUAACCACAGAGGAUUGGUUCAUACCUCAAUGUAGAUGCGCAAAUAUGAAGGUAAAUCAUUUAAAAUAUGCGGAGAAAAUAAAUGUUCAUGAUUUUCCAAGUGGCCAUUAACUUACAUCUUGUACGUACACAAGCAUUGAUCCAGCAGGGGUGGUGAACCUAUGGCACUCAUGCCCAUGGGGGCACGUGCAAAAAUUUUGUUGAAACGCAAUAAACAGUGCCACCUCUUGAUUCUUUAAACCCCGUCCACAAUAAUAAAAAAUACGUACAAUUUUUCUUUACUUCCAAAUGAGGCAGUGAAUGCUCUUUUUUUUAACAACCCCAGUGUAGCGCAACAUUUUCACAGGAAACAUCUCACCAGCUUGGCACCAGCUAAGCAGUUGUGAAAACAUGUGAUAUUGGAUGAUACGUUUUGAAAUUCUCACAGACCUGGUGUAGACAUUUGUGCUUGGAUAGUAAACAGUUACAGUAACAAUACUACAGUACUUAGAAAUGUUACUUCACAAUUGUCUUUAAAAGAUUAAUAAUUUUUUAACUUGUUUUCUAAAGUGGUUCAUUUAUUUCAAUCUAUCUCUGUUAUACUUUUAUUAAUAGUAAAACACUGAAUACACAUAAAUAAACAACAGGACUCAUGAAUACACAUUAAUAAACAACAGUGCUCAAUUUGAGCACGAUCUUGAAAAGGUUCACCACCCCGGCACUACAGAAUAGUUUCAACAACUGUUGAAAAUUUUUAAAGAUUUGUUUUUUUAAAUAGUAAGAUGCUCGAAUGCCACGCAAUCUUUCAGGCACUGGUUAAAUUUGAUUCAAAAAUGGCAAUGCUUUAGCAAUGUUUAAGUUAUUCUACUUGAAGCAAAAAGUAUUGCAACAGUUAGGAGCAACUCACCAGAACUUCAAAUUCUCAGCAGCAUUCCCAUAACAAGAAGUCCCUUAACCAUAUUAUUGGAGCUAGAUAUACAGUAGAUAUUGGACAGAAUACGCAACGGCAUUUGUCACCAAACAAGAAACAAAUUCUCCAUGCAGGAAAACCUCUUAGCCACUUCCACAAAUGGAGAAAAAGCAGACAGCCCAGUGGUAGGCCCACUCCAAAGCACAACAAUGAAGAUCAGCCCGUCUAUAUAGAGCAAUUCAUAACAAAAACGUAACAUUUUAAUCUAUCAACUGUAUCUUCAAUUUUAAUGAGGCCCAUUAAAUGAGUUGGACUACCACUGAAUGCUUCAAGUAAAUUACAUCUGAUGUAUUAUUUUACUUCUUUAGUUUGCCAUAAGAACUUCAUCAUAAGGAACAUUUGCCCAUGUCUUUCACAAACGUACUUUUCAAUUGAGCAAUUAUAACAUGUAAAAAUGUCAUGAUUUGUUGAACUGGUUUUCAACCUUAAGACUGUUUAAUAUUUCUUAAUUGAUAAUCUUACUUUUUUGGAACACUCAAAUAUGAAAUAAUAUACUUAUGUUAUAUUACAGCAUUAAUUCCAAUUUCUACUUCAUUUUCAUAAUAAUUGAACAAAAUAUCUGAUCUUUUCCAAAUAUUAGGAUCAUAUAUACAUAGAGCUUGGAAACAAUUCUUUCAAUUCACUGAGUGCACGCUGACUGCAAACUCCCCUGAAUCACUAAUGCUAAAUUGUUCCUUUUUCCUUCUCAUCAAUUUCCCUAGAGUUCUACCGCUCACCUAUACACAAGGGGCAGCCUGGGGAAGCCCACCCCAUCACAGGCGGAAUGUGCAAACUUCACACAGAGAGCACCAGAUGUCACUGGAACUAGGAGGCAGUAGCUCUACCAUCGACACCACAGUGAUGUCCUCAUUAAAAGUUAUAUCUGUUAUAUUGCCCUAAUUUUUUUCAGUUUGCUGAAAGAAUUCCCACAUGAGCAACAUUUAUACACACACACACCUGUUCUUUAUGGGUUUAGUUCCAAGUAUACAAAUAUACACACUUCAUGCAAAAGUUCACAAAAUAAUCUAAUUUUAUCUGAAUUUAUUAGAUUAACUGACAGUCUCUAUUCGCCCAUUCUUGUCUGACUGCUGUCCUUUCAGUUCCUAUUGUACAUCUCUGUCAUCCUUGCCUGCUUAUGAUCUCUUCCCUGUUGCUUAAUGACUUGUUCACCUCCUGGAAAAAAACACUCUGUCAACUGUUCUCUUUGUAGUUUUAGAUAUUACUUCUGUAACUUGUUAGCUUUGCAAUAUAGUUUAGCCUUUCUUCAUUAAAUCUGGCUUGAUUACAUUAAUUUCUUUCCACAGUCAAAUCCUCCCCGUAUUUCAGAAUUGCGUUCUACAACAAACCUUUCCAUCUCAAAGAACAAAUGGAUGACAACUUCAAUAAUGCACAGCUGCUUUUGCCAUCAUUUAUCCCAAUUAGCUCCACACUUACUCUGCAGUACCACUUCCGCAUUUUUAACUCCACUCACUGAAAGGCAACUUUGAAUACUUUUGGGACUCCUCAAGUUAAUUUACAAUUUUUCAGGCCACCUCACCAACAUUCUUGAUGAUCUUCUUUGCUGAAGCACCAUGCCUAUUACUUUAAAAACUGCUAUUUUCAACCUCUAGCAUAAAAAAAACUUAACAGUCUCUACUUAUUUUUCCAGGAAAAUUAUAUUUUGCCUUUUCAUAAGCCAGUACUAAUGUUUGUUGCCAUUGUUAAUGGAAGUUACUUCCAACUUAUGAUCAGAAAUAAUAAUUUGUUUCAUUGCAUUUUCUCAAACAGGAUCUCAUCCCUUAUUUCCAGGAAAUCUCAACUGCUACUUCUAUGUUCUUAUUACAAGUCCAGUAUCCAUCUAAAUCUGCAUAGACCAUAUUUCUUGUAGCAGUUACUACAACUUAUCAGGAAUGUCUAAUCACAUAAUAUUUUGUAGUUAUAAAAUAAUUUUAUAAAAUAUAUCAUGACACUAGAAUCAAGUGUUCAAUCAGUAAAUAUCUGGUAAGUUAUCCUGUUUCUAUUUUCUUUGAUAUCUAUACAAUAUCUGAAUCAUGGAUGUUAAGAAAUAUAUUCAUUUAUUCAUCACAAAUUGUGAAAACUUCUUUAUAAAAAAUCUUGUGAUUUUUUUUUGCAACCCUUCGGCUGAAGCAU